UCGUACUGGAAGUACAUGCAGGGAAAAUACCUUGCACGCAGAAAUUUUGGAAAAUGUUUUCUGUCACCGACAGUAACGAUACUGGAAGCGUUCCGGCAUUUUUGAAAAAGUUAUGGAUAUUAGUUGAAGACUCAUCUUGGAAUGAUUUGAUUUGUUGGGGUGAGAAUGGCACCAGCUUCCAUGUGUACGACCAGUCCCGGUUUGCCCGGGAGGUGCUGCCCUUGUACUUCAAACACAACAACAUCGCCAGCUUCAUCAGGCAGCUCAACAUGUAUGGUUUCCGAAAAGUCAUGAGUGUGGACCAAGGUUCCCUGAAGGUGGAGAAGGAUGACCUCGAGUUCCAUCAUGCAUACUUCCAGCAAGGUCACGAGGAGCUCAUGGAGAACAUCAAACGAAAGGUGUCCCCUGGUGUGAAGGUGGAGUCCAUCAAGUUGAAACAGGAGGAUGUCUCCAAGGUGCUGGCUGAUGUUCGCAAUCUCCGGGGCAAGCAGGACACCAUCACAGCCAAAAUGGACACACUCAAGAGAGAGAAUGAGGCGCUAUGGAGGGAGGUGGCCAAUCUGAGACAGAAGCACCUCAAACAGCAGCAGAUUGUCAACAAGCUGAUCCAGUUCCUUGUGACACUGGUGCGAGGGAACCGGGGAAUCCCCACCAAUUCCAGGAAGAGAGUGAUGCCGCUCAUGUUGAACAAUGCCAGUCAGAUCAACGCCAAGCAGCCCAAGCUGAGUCGACAGUUGUCCAUUGAAGAGACAAGCAAACCCUACACUGUUCAGUCUCCGUCAACCAGUGAACUUGACUUCACCCAAUCCCAGGCCUCAGGACCAAUCAUCCAUGAAGUAACAGAUUCACUGCCAAAUCUCAGUCCUCAUGUCACAGAUGAUGACGACAUCUCACCUGAUGUCCUUCUCAGUGAAGUGACCCCCUGCAACCUCAUGUCGGACUCUGCGAACCUCAUGCCAAUCCCUGCUACCCUUCCAUCUAUGCCCAUCCCGGCAGUCACUGUUGCUGCCACCACCCCCGGCGUCGUCAACAUGCAGGUGACCUCAGCACCCAUCCCAACAUCCUCCGUCAUCAGCGCUGACACAGUGGACAGGGGUGAUAUGACGGAGCAGUUGGACAUCCUGCAGACGGACAUCAAUGAGUUGAAGGACUUGUUGUCGGGAGGACAGUACAGCCUUGACACCAGCAUGUUGUUGGGAUUGUUCAGUCCGGAGUCGCCACUGUCUAAGGCUGCAGAUACACAGAUACUGCAGACAAAUCUGGAUGGCCAGAAACCUGGAAACACUGGUACAAUCUUGGGAAAUGAAUUGAUCCAGUAUGAACCUCAGGAGGAUCUGUCUAAUUUGCCGCUGUUUGACCUUGGUGACACGGGCCUCACACUGCCAGGGCUGGAGGACAUGGACGACAUUAACGACAGCCUGGCUCUGUCUACUUUGCCAGAAUCUCAACCAACUGAGCUCCACACACCCCAGAUAGACCCUGAUCAAUUUUUGACCAAUGUGCAUGUCAAAAGGGAGAAGGUUGACUGAUUUAGCUGUUGUACAUUUUUUAUUUUGUCAUAUUUGAGUCAGGAAAUGAGCUUGUAAAUUAUCCAGCAUUCACAGCUGGCUGAGUUGCAAAUGUGCUCUAUGUUACUCA